CUGCCAAAUACUCAGCCUCAUAAACACAUGCAUAGUCCUAUAAAUCACACUCUCUGCGCUUGGUGGGGUAAAAUAAUCUGGCUGUCAGUUGCAAUGAUGAAAAUAAAAGGCAACUGGUAACAUGAUUUAGUAGUGAAAAUAGUUUGUUCCCACUCACAACAGGAGCAGGCAUAAUCACCCUGAUCCAGCUGGUGCCAUUCACAUGUAGCAACCUCAAGAAGGCUUGGAUGAGUUCCAUGAACUGCUUGGAGAUUCAUACACAUCCUGAAAUCUUUAGUUUGUGGAUUUACUUUGUCCUCCCUCCUCAGUUUUACCCGCCAGCCUGUAGGAGGUGAGCAAGCCCCCACUCCCAUUGCUUGAGAAGGUGCCACUGUGGCUUACAUAAGGAUUGGCUCUCAGUGAGCUCAGAAUUAUAUGUGGCAGAUGUAUGUGAUCUCUAGAAAACAAGGAACUAUUUUUAAAAAGGAGUGUCGUCGUGUGUGUGUGUGUGUGUGUGUCUGUCUGUCUCCAGAGUGUGAUGUAACUCAGUCAUUGUUUUCUUUCUCUGCAGCUACUGUAAUGAUCUCCAGAAAUUCUUCAAUUGUCCAUCAAGUAGGCUGGAACGAAACCGAACUGCUUGCUGUAAAUAAAUCCGUGCAAAAGCCCUAACUAUGUGUAGGCUGCCUCUUGGCUCCCAGCGGUACUGAUGGACUCAGUAGGUCACUUGGAAAGUUGUUCUUCCGCUGGGGAGAUAUUCCCCCUGGACCUUCACUACAUCAGCCAUGGACUCUUCAGUGGUCAUUCUGGAGAAGGAAGCCAGCAAUGGUACCCCUGCCAGUUCUGGACAGCAACCAGACUUGGAGGCCAAACCUAACUGGACAAUGGAAGAAGAUCUUAACUUGGUUAGUGUAAAUAACAGCAGAGUGCCAACCGAAGGGGACAACUUGGCACCAAAGAGCAGCCAGGAUCCUUGCGCAAACGGACCGACGUCUUAUUGUCCCGAGCAGCCCGUGCCUUUUGACCCCACCGACAGCUCCCGGGGGGAAGACUCAGCUCCAGGUCUGCUUGGUUUCCGUGAGCACCCAAAGGCUUCUCAGGGCAGUAGUGCUGAGGGCUUAGCUCUUAGGAAGGAUGCCCUGCAGUCUCUCAAACAAAGCCUCCCUUUGCAAGAAACAGAAUUGUGUUCAGCCGAUGCUCCUCUCCCACUCGAGAAGGAAGAACAGAUCCGGCUCCAGGCACGGAAACGCCUGGAGGAGCAGCUCAAGCAGUAUCGCGUAAAGAGGCAUCAGGAGAGACUGUUUACAGCUAAAAGCCGCCCGUCCAGCACCCUGGAUCCCGAGCUGAUGUUGAACCCGGAGAUCUUGCCAAGGGCCAGUCCCGUGGCAAUGACCACAGAAUAUUCCUUCUUGCGAACCAGUGUCCCACGAGGACCGAAAGUGGGAAGCCUGGGGCUCCUAGCUCCCUUGAAAGAGAAAAAAGGCUCCAAAUCACCCAGAACCAGUCGGAUUCGGUCUCUGGCAGAUUACCGGACAGAAAACCCAGAGGGAAGUGCUGGGGGGACUGUUCUGGCGGCCAAUCCCUUGGGCGGAUCUCUGAAGCAGAAUUCAAACAGUCUCACCUCGGUUGUGUCUUCCGUCAGCCUCACCCCCGAUCCAGAUGACCGGCUGGAAGAUUCCUCCUUAGCUGGAGACAGCAUGUCCGAACUGGAUGGCAGCGAAGCCGGCACGAGGCUGGAUGGCAGCGAAAGCGACAGUUCUACCUACAGCAGCGUGUCAGGGAGGGGCCCCGCUGGCAUUUCUUCCGGCUCAAAGAGCAAGCAGGGCAUAGCGUUCACCGUCAAUGGGCAGGAGGUCCCCUUGGAGGCGGUCGGACGGUUUCCUUCCAUCAGGGAGGUGCUACAGGCUGCGGCCACAGAGCAUCGCGCCCAGGACCAGGAAAUCAACGGGGAAGCAAGAAGCCGGCGGGACAGCGUGUCCAGCAGUAUAUCCAUGGAAAGUUCUGUCGCAGGCACCCAGGAUGAACUGCUUCAAGUCCUCAAGGAGAAGAUGAGACUUGAGGGACAAUUGGAGGCACUGUCCUUAGAAGCCAGCGAGGCUCUCAAAGAGAAAGCAGAAUUGCAAGCCCAGCUGGCUGCUGUCCGCAUGAAACUCCAAACUCACAUAGAGCAUACGCAGACCAGCCAGCAGAAGCAGGACUCCCUGAAUUCGGAGGUCGCCACCUUAAAGCAGUCCUGCUGGGAGCUGGAACGGGCCAUGGCAGAACUACAAGCCACAUUGGAAGCCAAGAACGCUGGCUUGGCUGCUUCCAACAACGACCUGCAGUUGGCAGAAGAACAGUACCAGAGACUGAUGGGGAAGGUGGAAGACUUGCAGAAGAACGUCCUUAACAAGGACAGCACGGUUCACGACCUCCGGCAGCAGCUCUCCUCUUUACAAAGCCAGCUCCAGCAGGUCCAGCUGGACCGCACGUCCUUGACCAGUAAGCUGAAGUCAUCUCAGGCGGAGAUCGUGUCGCUGCAGAAGGUUCGGCUGUGGUAUCAGCAGCAGCUGGCUGUAGCUCAACAGGCGAGGAUUCGUCUGCAGGGCGAUAUGGCCAACAUAAAGGCUGGUCAGAUGACUCAGGUUGGCCUGCUGGAGCAUCUCAAGUUAGAGAACGUAACCCUUUCUCAUCAAUUAACAGAGACUCAGCAUAGAUCCAUCAAAGAGAAGGAACGUAUAGCUGCACAGCUGCAAAAUAUUGAGGCUGACAUGUUAGACCAGGAAGCGGCCUUUCUGCAGAUCCAAGAGGCUAAGAGUAUGGUGGAAGAGGAUUUGCAGAGGAAGCUGGAGGAGUUUGAGGAAGAGAAAGAACAGCUUCAGAAGAUGGCUGAUUCGGCAGCGACGUUGGAGCAGGAACUAGAAAAGGUAAAAUUAACGCUGCAUCAGCGAGACAUUCAGGUGGAAACUCUGCAGCAGGAACAGCUGGAUCUCAUGAAACAGCUGACCUCCGCCCAAGAGACAUCACAGACCCGAGACCAGACCUUGGGUGAGCUUCAGGUGCGCUAUGACGAACUGGAGGCCAGGCUGGCUGAGUUGCAGGGAGAAGCCACCUCGAAGGACGACACCAUCCGGUAUUUGCAGAAUGAGAAGAUUGUCUUGGAGGUUGCCCUGCAGGUGGCGAAAGCAGGCCAAGAAGAACUGGAAGAGGGCAUCCAGCAUUUAGGAGGCCACACAGAGGCAGCAUCAGAUGUUUUGGAGCAACUGAGGCAAGAAAUAGCCGUCAAAUCAAGUCAGGUGGAAAAUCUGCAACACGAAAGCGCAAAUCUGAAGAAGCAAACCCAGAAGGUGAAGGAACAAUUUCUUCAGCAGAAGGUGAUGGUGGAAGCCUACCGCAGAGAUGCAGUUUCAAAAGAUCAGCUAAUCAGCGAACUGAAGUCCACGAAGAAGAAGCUGGAUUCUGAAAUCAAAGAGAUAAAGCGGGAAUUCCUUCAGCUUCAGAGCGAGAAGCAAGCGAUGGAGGUGGAAAACUCAAAGCUAGCGAAGGAAGUGACUCGGAUUCAGCAGCAGAUGGAGGACCUGGAGAGCCAGCUACAGGUGGCCCAAAAAGAACGAAACGACAUGGAGACAGAGCUACAGGCUUUGCGGUUUGACCAAGAACAAAUGUCAGCUCUUGUCAAAGUGAAUGAAGACUUAAAAAGACAAGUUGAUGAAAUGCAACAAGAAACAAAGAUGGCCAUUACGGAACAGAAGCAGAAAAUGAAGAGGCUGGGUUCUGACCUGAACACGGCCCAGAAGGAGAUGAAGGCGAAGCACAAAGCCUACGAGAACGCCGUUGGGAUCCUCAGUCGCCGGCUGCAGGAGGCCCUUGCUGCGAAGGAGUCAUCCGAAGCCGAACUGAAUGAAUUAAAGGCACAGAUCUCCGAGGGUGGGAAUCACCAAGCGAGCCUAGAAAGGAUCCAAAUUCUAGAGACGGAAUUGCAGUCUCUAAGCCACAGCAAGAUGAUUCUUGAGAAAGAGCUCCAAGAGGUCAUCUCCCUCACCAGCCAGGAACUAGAAGAAUACAGAGAGAAGGUCCUCGAACUUGAAGAUGAGCUUCAAGAAGCAAGGGGUUUCCGGAGAAAGAUCAAGCGCCUGGAAGACGCGAACAAGAAGCUUUCUCUUGAGCUAGAACAUGAACGUGGGAAGCUCACUGGCCUCGGCCAGUCCAACGCAGCUCUGCGAGAGCACAAUCGCAUCCUUGAAGCAGCUCUGGCCAAGAGAGAGGCUGAUCUGGUGCAACUGAAUCUUCAGGUCCAGGCAGUUCUGAGGUGCAAAGAGGAGGAGGAUCAGAAAAUGAAGCAGCUGAUUCAGACUUUGCAAACGGCCUUGGAGAAAGAGAAAGCAAAUGUCAUCAGCCUUAAAGAACAGGUCACGACGACGAAAGCAGAGUCAGCACAUAACCGUCGGCAUUAUAAAGCUGCUGCCCUGGAACUUGGCGAGGUGAAGCGAGAGCUGCAAGCCAAAGAGGUCCUCAUCCAUGCCCUUCAGGCUGAAGUCGACAAGCUGCAGGCAGAAGACGGAAAACACUCGGAGGAAGUAUCUCAGAUCCAGCAACAGCUUGUUGAUGCUCAGUCCCAGCUUCAGCAUCUGCAGAAGCAGCUGGAUGAGCAACUUGGCAAGCAACCCGUAGAAAAUCAAGAGGUGGAAGACCUCAAAUGGGAAGUUGAGCAGAAGGAGAGGGAACUCCAGGCCCUGAAGCAACAGCUGGAUUUGACCGAGCAGCGCAGUCAGAAAGAGUUAGAAGGCGUGCAGUCAGCUCUGCAGAAUAUCAAGACGGAAUUGGAGAUGGUUCGGGACGAUUUGUCCAUGACUCAGAAAGAUAAGUUCAUGCUCCAAGCAAAAGUGACUGAACUGAAAAAUAGCAUAAAAACUCUGCUACAACAGAACCAGCAGCUGAAGCUGGAUUUGAAGCAUGGAAAAAUGAAAAAGAAAAAACUCAAGGGAGAGACCAGUUCAUCAAAUCCGGUGACACCAGUGAAGGUCCCCGAUUGUCCUGUUCCUGCAGCGUUGCUGGAAGAGCUGUUGAAACCCCCAUCAGCUGUGAGUAAAGAGCCAAUGAGAAAUCUCAACAGCUGUCUCCAGCAACUCCGGCAAGAGAUGGACAGCCUUCAGCGUCAAAUGGAAGAGCAUACAAUAACAGUCCAUGAAUCUAUGUCUUCGUGGUCACAGAUCGAAGGGCAGUUAACGGACCUUGCUUCCAAUCUCUCUGUAACUCUAUUAGCCAACGAGAAUCUUCCCCAUGUAGACCUUCAGGAACAUAAGCCAAGCACAGAUGUCAAGGAAGAGCUGAGCCAGUGAUCCAGGGCCCUGCUGAUUUCCAUCGAAACUGCUUUAAGUACGUAAAAA